AUGAAUCUCAAAAGGCUAACUUUAGAGUGGGGCUUAAAUGAUUCCACAGAGCCUUAUAAGGAGAAGAUGGCUCAAGUGUUGGAAGCCCUUGAACCUCCCCCAGGUUUAGAACUUUUGAGAAUUGAUGAUUUUAGAGGUAUGCUUUUCCCUCGUUGGUUUAGUAAUAAUGAUGCAAUAUUUCAAAAUUUGGACAGCAUUGAAUUCUUUGAUUGCAAAAACUGUUCAGAACUGCCUACAGGCAUGGGGAAACUUACAUCUCUGACAUAUCAUGGAAUGUAUAGAAUGGAUUGUCUACGGUAUGUAGAUAAUGAAUCUAAAUCCUUUGGUACUGGAGAGCUAGAGGGAGCUGGUUACUUGCAAUUGCAAAAGUUGCGCAUUUCUUGUUUACCAAGCUUAGAAAGGUUGUCGAGAUCAAGAAUGGAAAGAAGGGACAUUUUUCCACGCUUGUCUUCUUUGAACAUUGAAGGAUGCCCUAAAUUGACCUCCUUACAUUGUCUUCAGUCAAUCCGGGAGUUAAGUACAAAAGGAUGCAGUGAGACAGUGAUAGAAUCAGUUUCAAAUCUCCAUACUCUAACAUCACUUGAAAUAUGGAAUAAUGAUGAUUUGGCUUCCUUUCCCGAUGGGUUCCUACAUAAUCUCACCGCCGUCAAAUCACUUAAGAUUUCAGGAUUCACAAAGCUUCAAUAUUUGCAAUCUGACAUGCUUGUUGGCCGAACCGCUUUGGAAAAAUUAUCUAUCUCUUCUUGCUAUACGCUUGAGUGCUUUUCUACGGGAAUAUUUCAAGGCUUAAUUAGCCUUAAAGAGAUACGCAUUGAGAACUGUAGAAAGUUGAAAAGUUUGUCAGAUAGUUUUGGAGACCUUUCUGCCCUUAAAUCAAUGGAAAUGAGACUUUGUGAAGAGUUGGAGACUUUCCCAAAUGGUCUUAACAAUCUUUCUUCCCUCCAACAUCUGAUCCUGAAAGGUUCUUGGAUGGCAGCUUUGCCUGAGAACUUACAGCAUCUCCCUGCUCUCAAACAUAUGCUAAUUUCUGGGUUUCCAUAUCUUGAAAAGUUGCCCGACUGGCUUGGAGACUCGACAUCUCUUUCUUCGUUAUAUAUUAUGUUUUGUCCCAACUUGGAAUAUCUACCCACAAUUUGCUAUUAUGACAGUACGGUUAAAGAUGUAUUUAUUGCUGUACUUGAGAAUCUCAACUCCUUGAUCCAAAAAGAGUUUGGAUUGCUUUUGUGUGUCAACAGGGAGAUGAAGAAUCUCUCAAGCAUCAUCUCAGCAAUCUUUGUUGCGCCUGAAGAGGCAGAGGAGAGGCAAUGA